GGAGAGUUGGCACUGUUUAACUUCCGAUUGGAAGUGAUAAAGCACAAGGUGGAACGCAACAGUGAGGAGCUGCGAAAACAUUAACAAGACGAUUGCGGAGAUGCACGAUUUAAUGGUCCAGCAGAAUGACUGUCGAUCGCAAGGCCGAGCCAGGAAUCCUAGACAUCAUCGGAAAUCUGAAAAACAAGGCUCGUUGUUAGCCGCAGAACGCAGUUUCCAGUUUGCAGUCGCGAAACGUUUCUUUGAGGUCACAAACCUCUUCUCGCAGUAAGCCAGUGUCGUAGCAAGCAGAAGACCUCAGUUCGCAGUCGCUAACCGAGUCUUCCAGUUCACAUGCUCCGUCACGAGCGGUUACCAGGGGUUCACAGAUGUCAUCGCAAGCUGCGUCUCCCAGUGCGCUAAAUGCAACAUGCCUACAGGAAUCAUCCGUUUCAGGAGCCAUAACCCUAGUUGCAUCAGGAAAUAAAUACUGAGUUGAAGCAGGCGGACUAACAGUUUGGAACCUUGCGAAGUUGACAUUACUUACCAUCAGGAAACCAAUAUCCCAGAGCAUGCUGAUGCUGGCGCGGAACUGACCGACAAUGACAUAGGAGAGGAUAAAGAGGGCCGGUUUCACACACAUCGUUACCUAUGAUACUCGGAAGUAUGCUAGUGCAGUGGUGCACUAUACCGAAACACAGAAUAUUUUAAAUCUGUGAUUGGGGGAGUUCAUGAACUGGAGAUGGUGUCCUAAUGGAUAUUGUGCACAGUCAUUCAUCAAGGGGAAAUUUGGAAGGGCUGAAUAAGUUGGAGGGUUUCAAAUUUGAUGGUGUUACUUCUAUGAGGUGUAUUCAAAAUGGGUUGGGAGUACGAUUUAUUGGGAAUUAUAAUGAAUAUUUUGGAUAUGAUACUAAAGUGGACGUUGCCAUGUAUCGGAUGAUUGUCAAUGACCUUAUUCAACACUUGAAACUAUAGGCGCUGCAGUCUUUUAUGAUUAUCAACUUCCUUGUCAGCUCAAGGGUCCAGGGGAGCCUAGGCAAGUGAAUUGUUGGAAUGAUGUCAGUCGUGGGGAUUUAUGUGUUAGAAGCGCAUUUGGAUUUCACCCUAUGGAACCCAAAAACUAUGAAAACAGAACGCAUUGAUGCCAUUGCUAUGAUGCAUUGAUGCUCAUGGUGAAAAGAAUGAAAACUUCCUGAGGUGCAGCUACUGGAUGCUUAAAUAGGAGCGGUUAAACGUUGUUCUGAUGGUGAAGGAGAUGUGAACAGCUCUGAAGUGGGCACUACAUUUCCUUCAAAAAAUCAACAAUAUGAGGACUGAGCAACAUCACAUGUUACCAAUACCGCGAGCCUUAACAGUGCUCAAGCCUCAGAUUAUGAAGAGGCUGAAACAACAGUGCACACUGCACAAUCAACAACGAACUUCUGGGAUGCACUCUUUUACUGAAUUUCAAGAUAUUUUUACCCCAAGGUUGAAGAUGCACUUUUUUCUCCUUAAUAUCCAGUCUAUAUUUCAAUUGAUCAUCAAUGCUAUUUUCCAUCUAUUUCUGUCUCUUGCAAUAAGCACGAUGAAUGGGCAAGAGAGUGCUAGAAUCGGUUUCAUACAUGCUCUAGCAGAAGGGGAGGCACUUAAAGGUGAAGCAUUCAAACUACCAAAGUGGUUUGUGGAUUCAAGGGUUGAGAAGAGCCCAGCAGUUGAUUUGACUAGCAAGUUAUAUACACAAGAGAACUAUGGCGAGCAAGGUUCGAAUAAACAGUUUCAGAGACGGAAGGAUGCGAACUUGGAGUGGUAUAAUUGUGGCAACAAGGGGCAUGGGCUGCAAAGUCUGGAAGAUAUAUCUAAAGGGUGCAUUACCAUUGGAUACGUUGGAGAAGGGCUUGAUAUGUGUGAAAGAAAUAGAAUAUAAUAAUAUAUUCCUAGAAUAUUCUGAAGUAUAUUCUAAUAUUCUAAAGUAUAUUCUAUAUCUUUCACAAUAUGCAUGCCUAUGAGGCACCACAAAAGGAAUAUGCAAUAAAGGAAGCAGUUUGCAUGAGGUUGUUUGCACUUUGCAGUAAGGGACAUCAAGAAGGGUGCAGAGUUAACAAACUAUGAGGAGCCUCAUGAAAACAAGGAAACACUUGUCGCUAUUGAGUGCUUGAAGGCUACUGCAACGGAUGAAACUUCAUUAGACCUAUCUUCUGCGGCAGAUGCAUCUGUGAUUGUGAAGAAUCAAGUACUGAAGCUCCUGGUUCAGCAAGUAGUGAGAUACUGGGAAGGAAGAGGCGCAAAGAUGAAGUAAGGAUGAAGCUGUUGGCCAGGGCGGUUUCCUACCACCCACCUUGAGGACAAGGUGGUUGUUGUUGAUAAAACGAAGAGACAUCAUUAAUCUAGGAUUUAUUUUCCUUAUUAUUACUGUAAUUAUGUCUCUUUAGUGCUUCAGGUUGUAUUUAAUAGCUGCUGUCUUUUCAGUUCUCAAUCAUUUAUGUUUAGUAUUUAGACAGUCACCUAGGGUACUGAAUAGACUCUCUCAGGAUUCCUAUAUGUAUAAAUAGCUUAUGUACUUCUUGUAAAUGAAUUCAUGGAAAUAAUAUUCAGAAAACUUCAU